GCAGCGAGAGACAAUGGGGGGCGGGGGUGAUGCCCUGGGAAUCAGCAGACCAGCCUGGUGAUUUAAGGAAGCCUUUUCCACAAGCGUCCAAGGACCAGUCACAAUCCUGCUGCUGCUGCUGCUGUCUUCAGCACAGACUCCAGGCAUGUUGUGUUGAUACCACUGCGAGGGGCUGCGAAGUGUGUGUUUGCUGCUGAGGAUCCUUCACACGGACUCCUUCCCUAGUGUCACAGCCUGGCCCUGGCACAGCGAGAUUCCCGCCCACGGUCGACAUGAGGCCUCCGCUCUGUCUUCCUCUCCGGGCGGUCACCGCGCUCCUGCUCGUCGACGUGGCUGUGGCAGAAGCCUUCGGCCAUGUGGUUUACAACCACGGCGCCACCUGCGUCGGUUUCAACGCCCUGCCAGCAUGCUUCGGACCGCCCCUCCCGACCGAAGGGCUGGUGGGCUAUUUGAUCGAGGCCACGCCAGCAAAUGCCUGUCACCCUAUAGCAGGCCCGCCGGCCUCCUCCAACUCCUCAGAGGCCUUCAUCGUGCUCAUCCGCAGGUCGGACUGCCCCUUUGGCGUCAAGGUCCUUCACGCGCAGCAAGCCGGGUUCCAGGCCGCCAUCGUGCACAACGUGAAUGCAGAGCAUCUGGUGAACAUGGCAAGCGAUGACGAAGCAAUCCGGCAGCAGAUUGCGAUCCAGUCUGUCUUCACCGGAGAAUCAGCCCGCAAGCACCUGAGGAGGGCUUCCCCUUAUGAAAAGGGGGCAUACGUCACCCUCAUGGCACCGAAACGGCCUCAUAGCUCCUGCCAGGAUGCUGCUACACCCUCUGUGUGGGACAUGGCGAAGCUCUUCUGGCCACAGGUGCUGAAAUAUUCCACGAACCACCUCAUUCCUUACCUCCUCCAGGAGUUUGGGUUCAUGCUCAACGUGCUCAUUUGCACCAUCCCGCUGGUGGCGUGCGCCCGCUGGUGCACGAAGGGCCAGCAGAUAACCGUGUGCACCUUCAAAAGGGGAGACAGGUACGACACCUGCGUGAUCUGCAUGGCCGAGUACGAAGAAGGAGACCAGCUGAAGGUCCUCCCCUGUUCUCACACCUAUCACUGCGCCUGUAUCGACACCUGGCUUCACACCCAGCCCAGGAACAAAACCUGCCCUUUCUGCAAGCAGCAGGUGACCACUGAGGCUCAGGCUGUCAAUGUGGGCAGAGGGAGAACCCCCCAGGAGCACACCGGCAGAGAGGAGGACCAUGCUGGGGAAGGGGACGAUGAAGAGGGGCAUGAUGAUGAGUCUGUCGAGGGAGAGGAAGAAGAGGACCAAAGUGCAGACACUGAGGAAGGGGAGAGUGAUUUGGUCAUUUUGGAGAGCGUCUGAUUGCAUCUCCAGCUCUGUUUGAAAAGUGAGAGUCAGAGCCACAGACUACGAUCCUGCUCAUAGUCAAUUAAUACCUAAUGGGCUUAUGUUGCAGAGAUACACUCUGGAUCAUCCUCAGCCCUCCAUCUCAUGCUAAAAAAUAAAGCAUCAAAACUCGUUAACAUUGAACACCCUUCA